AUGCUAAGUUUGAUACAUCUCUCUUCAUAUCGAAGCAUUUAUGCCUUGAUACUCUUACUGGUAUAUGUUGAUGAUGUAAUUAUCACCGGCAUCGAACCGCGGGUAAUCAAUGAGCUUGUAAUAGCCUUGGACUCCAAGUUUGCUCUAAAGGAUCUUGGCCAACUCCAUUACUUCCUUGGAGUCCAACUGCACACUGUCCCCAAUGGAGUUCUACUGAAUAAGAAAAAGUAUAUCGAGGAUCUACUUCACCGCCUUGACCUUGGUGAUCUAAAACCAGCACCAUCUCCGAGUGUUCUAUACAAGCAACUCUCAAUCUCUUAUGGCACUUCUCUUGACGAUCCCUAUAUCUAUUGGAGCACGAUUGGCGCCCUACAGUACUUAACCAGCAUGAGACCUAACACGGUGAAGAGAGUACUAAGAUAUGUAAGUGGCACUCGACACUUUGGCCUCUAUAUUCAACAUGGGUCUGACCUGUCUGUUUCGACCUUCUCUGAUGCCGAUUGGGAAGCCAACAUAGACAAUCGAAAAUCAGUUGCUACUUAUUGCAUCUUCCUUGGAGGUAAUCUUGUCUCCUGGUCUUCAAAGAAACAAUCCGUUGUCGCCCGGUCCAACACAGAGUCUGAAUAUAGAGCACUUGCUUCUGCCUUUGCAGAAAUCAUCUGGGUGCAACAACUACUGUCCGAGAUUGGUUUCAAACAUAAGUUGGCUCCAGUCCUGUGGUGUGACAACCUCAGGGCCGAUGCUCUAGCCGUCAAUCCGGUGUUUCAUGUGCAGACCAAGAACAUUGAGAUCGACAUUCACUUUGUUUGUGAUCAAGUCCUCAGUGGUUAG